GUGAAUUGAAAAUCAUGAUGAUCCUCUUGAUAAAUAUUCUUUCGAAUGAUCAAUGAAUCAAUAGAUUCACCUGGUUCUAGAGCAUGAUUUCGUUGCUCAGCUAUUUCAGAUGCUGACCUUUUGCUCCUGAUAAGUUCGCCAUGCCAAAGUACACAGGAAAAACAAGCAGUUCACGUUCAAGCUCAGAAGAAUCCCACAUUGAAAGCCAAAAAAACAGAGGAGAAUUAUCCAGCGAAGAAUUACCUCUAUCCCGACGGCGACCGCAUCAAAAGUCCCGCUCAGGCUGCACAGUAUGCAAACGACGAAGAAUUAAGGUAACUCCGUAUUAUGGCGUGCCCAACCCUUGAUAUCUCACUGGUCUCCUUUUUCUCCUUCCUUCCAUUGCUCGCCUUCCAGUGUCUAGGAAUGGCUGGUAAUUGUUUUUUUGUUUCCAGUGCGAUGAAACAAAGCCCGAAUGUCGGCGGUGCCAGCUUCACGGUGUACACUGCAUCUACAAGCCGGCUGAACAGCGAUACUUUAUGAGAUGCCGACCCCUGAGACUGACUCUCCAGAACCAGACACCUACUGGUCACAAUUUCUCUCUGUCACUGGCUUGCAAUGAAGAAAAUAUCGGCCAUGUCCUGCACUCCGCUGGCGGCAUGGUGUCGGUGAGCCGUGAGAACCUUGAAGCGGUCACACGAUUUGAUGUCUUCACGUCGCAUACGUUGGGUGCGCCUCUUCCCCGACAUAUCUUGCGCACGCAUGGCGUUUCACUGAGUUUUAAGGUAGUAUACGUACAAUUUGCAAAAUGGGCGCAGCUUAUCGGCUUGUUUAGGCACCCCAUCUCAUGCACGCAGUAA